CAGCGUCAACAGGCAGCUGCGGCCAUUACCGUGGAACCUGAAUCCCCCCAUCUCCGGGUUGCUUCUCCUCACGUCUCUCACCCGCCUCCUCUUCUCCCCCACGCGACCUCCCUCCCAUCCCCAUCCCAAAUCCACCACCACCCGCCGGAACCCUAAAUCACCUGCCUGGCUGCCUCCCUUGUGCGAUUCCAGCCUGCCCGUCCCCUCGCCGGCUCCAAGGUGCGUGUCACGCGCGGCCGUCGCCGUCGACCACCACCAUCACCGCCGCCGCCGCCGCCUCUGCGGCCUCCUCCCUCUACUGGGCCGGGAAGGGUUGAGAUCCAUCGAUUUCUUCGUUUCCUGGCUUCAGAAGUAUUGUUGCUUUAUUACUGUGUUAUGAUCAACUCUGAUUGAGUGCACAAUGGCAUCAACCUUACUUGAUGGUCUCCCUAAUGAAGUUGCUCUCCAGUGCCUUGCACGAGUCCCAUUCUUGUUCCAUCCCAUGCUUCAGUUGGUUUGCCGCUCUUGGAGAGCAUCGGUUCGCAGUGGUGACCUUCUUAAGAUUCGGAAUCAGAUUGGUGCGACAGAAGAACUGUUAUGUGUGUUGGCAUUUGAACCAGAAAACAUGUGGCAACUUUAUGACCCCCUACGGGACAAGUGGAUAACUCUCCCUGUCAUGCCGUCUCAAAUAAGGAACAUAGCCCGCUUUGGAGUGGCCUCAGUUGCUGGCAAGCUCUAUGUAAUUGGUGGUGGCAGUGAUCGAGUUGAUCCGCUUACUGGAGACCAUGACAGGAUCUUUGCGAGCAAUGAAGUUUGGUCUUAUGAUCCGCUACAGCGAGUGUGGUCCCAGAGGGCUCCAAUGCUUGUGGCUCGAGCGAUGUUUGCUUGUUGCGCAUUGGAUGGUAAAAUAAUCGUUGCAGGGGGAUUCACAAACUGCCGCAAAUCGAUAUCAAAGGCUGAGAUUUAUGACCCUGAAGCUGACAUGUGGGAGCCUCUCCCUGAUCUUCGUCAGGCACACAGCUCUGCAUGUUCUGGACUUGUCAUCAAGGGUAAGAUGCAUGUAUUGCAUAAAGGUCUGUCAACAGUGCAGAUUCUAGAAGAUGGUGGCAGUCAUUGGGCUGUUGAGGAUUUCUCCUGGCUGCAAGGCCCAAUGGCAAUGGUCGGUGGAGAGCUGUAUGUGCUAAGCAAUAGCUGUAUUAUGAAGCAACGUGGGGAGAACUUCCCUGAUAAGAUGGUGUCUUGUGCAUCUGAAUUUCAAAGCAGGAUCGGCUUUGGGAUGAUUGGUCUUGGCAACAGCAUAUAUUUGGUUGGAGGAGUGAUUGGACCAGGGCCAAGAAACCAGUGCAUCAAGCCGCUGUCUGAUGUUGAUAUCUUGAAUGUCACAAGUGAGAGACCAACCUGGCGACCAGGUUCACCAAUGACACAUUGUCGAGGGAGCAUCUGCGGCUGUGCUUUGUUGAGGAUUUAGCCUGUUUCAAGUGAUGAAUGCUAGUAUUCCACCGUUGCUGAAUUGACUGGAGACGAAUUUUAUUCACCUAAAUUUUAUUUUAUUUCAAGGAGGGCUGUUUAUUGUGCUUUGCCUUUGGAUAUCAUGUUGUAGCAUUGAGGUCAUGUAUUGGUCAUGACCUAAUGUCUGAUUGCUGAUCAGAUAUAUACUCCCUCUGCUCCAAAUUGUUUGUCGUUUUGGCUUUUCUUGGUUCAUAGAUGUUUGUAUGCACCUAAAUAUAGUGUAUGUCUACUAGAAAAGCUAAAACGACCUACAAUUUGGAACGAAUGGAGUACUAUAUUUAUCAUGAAUGUUGUUCCAAACGUAGUAGAUAUUAUAUGUUCAUUUGGAACUGACAAGUCUUCGUGCUAUGUUUAAAUGACACCUUGCUGUUCUGGACCUUU